AUGGAUAUUCUUUCUGUCCUUCAGACAAACUGUCUCUCACUGGUUUUGUGCGUUAUUGUUUUUAUAUUGCUGUGGAUGAUUCGAGGUAAAAAGAGCAGCUUUGAAAGAUUACCGCCGGGUCCCCGUCCUGCUCCACUUGUUGGCAAUUUAUUCCAAAUAGGCCUAGCGGAGCCAUACAAGUAUUAUCUGGAGCUCUGCAACAAGUAUGGGUCAGUGUGUACCAUCUGGCUGGCCAACAAACCAGUGAUCAUACUGUCCGGAUAUAAGACCAUCAAAGACGCCCUUGUCACUCAGGGAGAGGAGUUCAAUGGGAGGGCUCAGUACCCCUUCUUGAUGAGGUCAACCAAUGGAUUUGGUGUGUUAGCCAGCAGUGGUCAGCGCUGGAAGGACCUCCGUCGGUUCUCCAUCAUGACGCUGAAGAACUUUGGGAUGGGGCGGAGGAGUGUGGAGGAGAGGGUCCAGGAGGAGGCCAGGAGCCUGGUGAAGGCGUUUCAUGAGUUUGAUGGAGCAGUUUUCAACCCCAAAGAACUGCUGUGUAAUGCGGUGUCAAACGUCAUCUGCUCCAUAGUGUUUGGGCACCGGUUUGAGUACAAAGACCCAGAGUUCUUGCUGCUCUACGAUACAAUCAACGCCUACUUCGACGUGCUCAGCAGUCCCAUUGGCACACUCUACAACAUCUUGCCUAAAUUUGUCGAGCUCAUUCCUGGAAAGCACAAGAAACUGUUUGCGUUGCUGCAGAAGACUCAGGAUUAUGUGAAGAAUCAGGCAGAGAUUCGACUAAAGCACCUGGAUGCCAACUCCACUCCCCAAGACUACAUAGAGGCCUUUAUGAUUAAAAUGAUUCAGGAGAAGGACCUCCCAAAGAGUGAGUUUCACUAUGACAACCUGGUGGGCAGUGUGUGGAGCCUGUUCUCGGCUGGGACAGAGACAACCUCCUCAACCCUGAGAUAUAUGUUACUGAUGAUGAUUAAGCACCCGGAUAUUCAAGUGCGUGUCCAUAAGGAGAUCGAUGAUGUGAUUGGCCGGAACAGAAGCCCCUACAUGGAUGACAGGUCUAAGAUGCCCUACACGGACGCUGUGAUUCAUGAGGUACAGCGCAGCCUGGACCUGGCCCCAACCUCUGUGCCUCACAAGGUGAACGUCGACACCGAAUUCAAGAAAUACUUCAUCCCAAAGGAUACUAUGGUUCUCCCUCUGCUCUCUUCGGUUCUCAUUGACCCUAACCUGUGGAAGAACCCAGAGAAUUUUGAUCCUGAAAACUUCUUAGAUGAGGAGGGCCGAUUCAAGAAGAACGAUGCCUUCCUGGCUUUUGGAUUAGGGAAGCGAGCCUGUCUGGGAGAGGGUCUGGCCCGGAUGGAGCUCUUCCUGUUCUUCUCCUCUCUUCUCCAGCACUUCACCUUUGUGGGCACGAAGCCCCCGGAGGAGAUCGACUCCACCCCGGCCAACAGUGGCUUUGGCAGGAUGCCUCGCAGCUACGACUGCUACGCCAAACCCAGGGCAUAGAUACUAUGGGCACUAUAGGGCACUAUGGACAUGGACACACUGCAGAUGUAGUUGGACUAUGUUUCAAAACAGUGCACUGGGUUAGAAUGUAAAUAUUUUUUUAAUAUUGGGGUGAUUCUUUUUCUUAAUAUUAUUGCUUGCUUGUAAUAUAAUUCACAGAGUAGAAAUCAUAAUGGUAAUUAUUAUUAUUAUUGCUAUGAUUAUUAUUGUUUUUUAAUGACAUUUUGGAAUCAUUACUGGUGAGCUCAUAAGCAAGCAGUGGCGCAGCCCAGAAAAUGCAUGCUGUGUCUUUUCAUUAUGCGUUGAAUGUACUUAACCUCAACACCCAACACCCUUUAACUGUAAUGUGUGCUCUUACAACUGAAAUAAAUCAUGAAUGGAAGCGCA